AUGCAGUUCAGAUUAAUCUUUAUUGACACAUCUCGUGUGGCGUGGUCAGCUGCUCAACAGCUAAUACAUGCUGUAGAGUUUCGCGUCCAGAUUCGACAUGAUCUCACACGAAAUACACUUCCAGCUAUCUAUGCUUGCACAAGGGCUUGA